CUUUGAAAAACGUUUGAACCGGAAGUGCUCAUAGUAGCGCUGCUGUAGUGUACUGUACUGCUGCUGCUGACACGUGUGUAGCUGUCAAAUAAGUGUUUAUUCGUCAACAACUUCACACAUGACUUCUAAAUGCACAGUUCCGUGUUUUCUAUGCAACAAUGGCUGAUGCAUUUAGUAGCAGCUCGGAGACCGUAAUCCAGCGGGUCGUGGAUGUUAGGGUGGGACAAAGACAUCCUGUGGAAGAACUUGAAGAGUUGUAUCAGAUUAAGGAAACGUGUGACUUCAUCAGUGAGCAUCAAUUUAAAAAGGUUGCUCUGCAGUUUCCUGAUGAGCUGCUAGUGGAUGCAGUUGCAGUAGCCUUGGAGAUUGAGAGAAACAGUAAUGCCAAGCCAUUCAUUCUGGGUGAUACGUCCUACGGCAGUUGCUGUGUGGACGAGGUAGCUGCAGAACAUGUUGGAGCCGACUGCGUCGUGCACUAUGGAAGUUCUUGCCUCAGCCCGUCUAAAAGGCUGCCAUUGAUGUAUGUGUUUGAGAGACGACCGGUGGAUCUAGAAAAGUGCACUUCUUCCUUCAGAGAACUCUACCCUGACACACACAGUCACAUCAUCAUCCUCUAUGAUGUCAACUAUGUUCAUGCUAUAAAUGACCUUAUGGCACUCCUUUCACCAGAGUAUCCGAACCUUGUCGUCUCAGAACUUGUUGUGGAAGGGGAGCAGUGUUACAGUCAUGGUCGGAUAAAAAGACAACAUGAUGACACGUGUCUUUCAGAGGAAGACAACAACCAGCUUAUUAAUCAGUUUGGAAGGCAGUUCUCCCUGACAAGUGGUUCAAGCAUCACGGAUUACAGUAUGUUCUAUGUAGGCCAAGAAGGAGCAACUCUGACAAACUUCAUGAUGACAUGGAAUCGCUGCUCAUUUUGUUCUUUUGACCCCAUAAAAAUGACGGGGAGGACAGAGUCAGUAAGUAUCAACCGUGCCCUGAUGAAGCGUUAUUACGCUAUCGAAAGGGCCAAAGAUGCCAAUGUGGUUGGCAUCCUAGUUGGCACAUUAGGAGUAUCUGACUACCUCAAAAUCAUCCAGCAGUUGAAGGAAACUAUUCAAGGAGCUGGCAAGAAGAGCUAUUUGUUUGCCAUGGGGAAACUGAACGUGCCCAAACUCGCAAACUUUCUUGAAAUUGACAUUUUCGUGUUAAUUUCGUGUCCUGAGAACUCACUGCUGGACUCAAGUGAGUUCUAUAAGCCUGUGGUAACACCAUUUGAGAUGGAGGUAGCCUGCAACAAGAAGAGGGAGUGGUCCGAGGAGUAUGUCACAGACUUUCGACAUCUCCUGCCAGGUGGACAGAGUUACGUGCCUUUGGCUGAUCAGCAGGAGGAGGGCGAUGAGACUGACAUGUCUUUAAUCACUGGAGCUCUGAGAAGUCAGAAUCUGAUGAGCAGUGUGCCUGAAGUUCCCUCAUUCGGCUCUUCCGUGGUCCUCAGGAACCAGAUGCUCACCAUGGCCAACACCAACUCAGCUGCGUCUUUUCUGGCAGAACGCAGCUGGCGUGGCUUGGAGCAGAAUUUGGGAGCGACACCUGUGGUGAAGGCAGUAGAGGGCAGGAGAGGCAUAGCUAUUGCCUAUGAAGAGGAAGGAUGAGUUACCAGUAGCACACAAGGUGUACACAAGACUAUUUAAUCAUGCCUGAGGUAUUUAAAUGUAUAUUGUUGAAUUUAAUUACUCAGUGUGAGUAAUAAUGAAGUGUUUUUUCCAUAAAAUAAUAUCAGAUAUCACUAGUUUUUGUUACUGCAUUUUUCCAAACAUAUCAACUUGACAGACUUGAAGAGGAAUUUAUUUGAAUGAAAAUGUGUUUAAAAAUGCAAACAUUAAGUAUUCAAAAUGAAUCAACUGUGGUUGAUUCCAAAAUUGUUUCGAGUAACUGACCAAUGAUCAGUUUAUCUAUAUAACUGGUUUUAGUAUUUUUGCUUCUUACUUUUAAUCAUUUAAAUUACUGCCCAUUGUCAGGAACUUCUUCCACAAAGGAUGCAGGAAAUAUACCAGUAUCUCCGUUGCAUUGCCCUUCAAGCCAAUCCUGGUUAACUAAAGGAAAAGAAGAAACAGAUGAAAAUAAUCAUAUCUUUUGGACAAAUCCAUCAAUUUUUAUGUACAUUUGAUUAAAAAGAAUGGACCCCCACCUUUAGAGAUUAUUGUGAUUCUAUCGCCUUGAUGAAACUUUAGAUCCUCUGGAUUUGAUGACUCAUACGAGUAAAGGGCCACCAUGGGAACCUCGGUGUUUGGUUUGGUUUGCUAAAUACACAAAAUCCAAAACAAAUGCUCAUUUUCUGCACAAUUUCACAAUACCAAAAGCAUUUUAUUUUGAAAAGCCAGCAUAGACAGCAAAAGAUCAGCACUAACUUACCUCUUUUGUGUAACACCACAAAGUGAUGUGCACACCACUGGCACGAGUCCACACACUUUCCAUGUCUGUGCUAUCAUUGAUUACACUUUGUUCCGUAGCUUCAGGGGAUAGACUAUUUGGAACAAAAGGAUUGAAUUUUGUAUUCUUGCCAGUAACGCAUAUCAAUUAACUAUUAGAUCAUUUGUUUAAUGAACACCUUACCUCAAAGUGAAUGCAGUCAUGGGGAGAUUCAGUUUCUUACUGAUUUUCUCCAUCAGUAUUGCAUAAGGAGAUCCAGGUGGUACUGAGACAGCAAAGGUGAAUGUGAAACAGACUUUGACAAUAAGUGUAUUGUCAGGAGGCUGUUUGUCCUGGGAAUAAUAAAAGGACAUGUUGAUGGUAUUAAAUAAACUCGGCACUAAAAGACUUCACAUAACGGCACCUUUGGGGAAUAACGAGCGUAAUUUAGUCAUUAUGGUUGAAGUCAAUGAUUUGACUCAGCAUACCUUUCUCUCUGAGUCUCCGCUGCUGUUGCUCCUGGGAGUUAGACCUUAAAUACAUAGAAUGGGGUUAAAAAAUGUUUUGUAUGGGUCUAGUUGCAUUUGCUCAAAUACUUUCUCAUAUUUUACAAUAUUUGCUUGACCAAUGGAUAGUUUUCUGAAUCUGUCAAAAGAGGGUACCUGGUUUUCUUUUAGGUCUGGUCGGUGGUUCCUGACUCGGAGGCUUAGGUAUUCCCUGUCCACCAUUUUAAUAAUGCCAGACAGACAAAAAGACAAGAAUUUAAUGUGUAUUUCAAAAUAAAUUCAAAUUGUCAUGAACUGCUUUUUAAUAACCUUAAGUAUAUGCUUAAAAUGUAAAAGAAACAUAUUGGUAAUGAAAUAAAAGCAAUCUACAUAAUGAAA